AUGGCGUCCGACGGCUUACCAAAGAAGUUCAGGCAAAAGGUGGUAAGGAUCAUACUCACCGACGCCGAUGCCACUGAUUCCUCCGAUGACGAUGAACAAGUUACCAAUCGGAGAAUGAAGAGACUCGUCAGAGAGAUAAGCUUCAGGCCAACUAUUAAAUCGCCAAAGCAAGAGCUAGCUAAGAAGCGAAGCUUCAAAAGCUUGGGCUCGCCUGAAACUGACGUCACUCGCAAGAAAAAGUUCAGGGGCGUGCGUCAGCGGCCGUGGGGACGGUGGGCAGCGGAGAUCCGAGACCCGUCACGAAGGAAACGGCUCUGGCUCGGAACUUACGACACGCCUGAAGAAGCUGCCUGUGUGUACGACCGAGCCGCCGUUAAAUUAAAGGGUCCUGACGCCGUCACAAACUUUCCCAAAGUUUCUGUUAUGGAAACGGUCGUUGAAGCACAAACGGAAAGCGAAGGCCUAUCAAACGACUCUUCUUUGUCGCCCACGUCGGUGCUCCAUUAUAACAACGAUUCCACACCGCCGAAGGAAAACGAAGGCCUGUCAAACGACACCGCUUUCUCACCGACGUCGGUACUCCGUUAUAACCACGAUUUCACGGCGUUGGACAAUUUCAGUUAUGGUGAGGUGGACGCAUUCGGGUUUGAGUUCGGGUUCGGAUUCGACAUCGACAUGCCAUUCACUUUGGCGGAUAUCUGUCUGUCGAAGAAUAACUGCGCCGAAGAUUUUGGAGAGUUUAACGUAGAUGAUUUCCUCGUUGAAGUCAGAUGA